AAAACCUCUGCUUCCAUGGCGGGUAGUUGUUUCCGCAGCCCAACGGAUAUUCCUAAAACCCUAGAAUAUCCAACCGUAAAAUGACGGCCACGGCGGAGCACGACCUCCUCCAUCCUUCAACCCCUCCGUGUCUCCACUUGCUCUCGGCUUUCCUCGCCAUAGAGCCCACCGACUCCCUCAUCGCCUUGGCCCGGGAAUGCGGCGGAGGAAGGGUUACUGAGAGAGUGCAGAGGUUCAUUUGGGAUCAUUGCAUGGGUAAAAAUGCUGGGAAAUUACACGCACCGUACCUGAAGAAAUUUCUGAAGAAGCUUAUUGCCGAAGUUGAGUUGAACCGCGGAGAUGUGUUGGAUGAGCUAUACGAGCAUUACGCCCAUUUCAUGACUUCUUUGAAGGACGGUGAUCUUGAAAGAGACAAUGCAAGGGUCUUCAAAUCUAUUUCGUUUCUGUUUCCCGAUGGUUGUUUGGAACUUACAAGUUGUCCCGAGUCGCGGAAGCUGAUGGUUCCCCUGCAAUGUUCACUCAACAUGCUUGAAGGAGAUACCGGGUGUUCAGUUUGGCCGUCAAGUCUUUAUUUAUCAGAGUGUAUACUUUCGUUUCCCGACUUAUUUACUAAUAAGUUGUGCUUCGAGGUUGGCUCAGGUGUUGGUUUGGUUGGUAUCUGUCUUGCCCAUGUCAAGGCAUCUAAGGUGAUCCUAAGUGAUGGUGACCUGUCAACUUUAGCAAACAUGAUGGUCAAUCUGGAAUUGAACCACAUUAGCGUUGAAACUAAUAUGUCAGAAACUACCGAAGAUCCAUAUAUGGUAAAAACCGUAAAAUGCCUUCAUCUUCCUUGGGAGUCUGUCUCAGAGAGUGAGCUUCAGAACCUCAAGCCAGACAUAAUUUUGGGUGCAGACGUAAUUUAUGAUCCCAUAUGCCUCCCUCAUCUUGUUCGAAUACUUGCUUUACUUCUAAACCAGGCGAAAUUGGAGAGUAAAGGUGCUGAUGGUAGCGUCAAUGGAUAUCAUCAAGGGAAUGGCAACGGCGAUAAAUUUGAUGCUUUCCUAGCCAAAAGAACAGACAACAGUGCCACAAAUGCUGGAUCAAAGAAAGGUUCGAUGGCUUUUAUCGCUACUGUCAUCCGCACUAUUGACACAUUCGAUAAAUUUUGUGCUUUGUUGGACUCGGCUAACCUUAUCAUCAAAGACGUAACUGAAGCACUUCGGCCUUCGAAUUUGCUUCCGUACAUGCUGUCAUAUGAUCGAACCGCUGUUCGGCUGUUUGCCAUCUCAUGUAAAGUACUUUCAAGGGUUGUAAGGUUUUUCUUGUUCGAGUGGCACACAAAAUUUGGGAGAAAUUCUUGGCGUGCGUGUGACGCUGUUGUCUCACCUAUACGCCCAGGACACGACAAAUCUCACCUAGUAACAAAUCUUGUAUACGGCCCUUCGUAUCUGUCCCUCAUAAAGUUUGUGAAAUUUGAUUUUAGUCCAAACCAAUUCACCAUGGAAGAGCUCAAGAACCAAGCAGAAGCUGAAGUGGAAGUGAUUCACAUGUGGGCAGCUCCAAGAUCACUGUCGACCACCCUCAUGUAUUCUUUUGCUCAGAGGAAUGACAUGGAAGUGCUUGAUGAACCACUGUAUGCAACUUUCCUGCAAGUGACAGGUUUUGACAGGCCCUACAGGGAGGAAGUUCUAUCCAAAAUGGAAUCUGAUGGAAAUAAAGUUGUAAAAGAUAUCAUCUACGGCCCUGGAAGAAAGAAGUAUCGCCUCUGUAAGCAUAUCGCAAAGCAACGUGUGCCUGGAUUACCUAAUGAUUUAAUGAAGAAAGGAAAGCACUUCAUUCUGAUCCGGAAUCCACUUGAUAUUUUGCCAUCCUUUGAGAAGGUUGUUCCUCCAUCCCUUGUUGAAUUAAGUUUAGCAGAAAUGGUCGCCAUAUAUAGUGAGCUCUCGCAACUGGGGCGACCCCCUCCCGUUGUUGAUGCAGCAGAACUUCAACGAGAUCCUGAGGCUACAUUAAGCGGUCUUUGUGAAGACUUGGAAAUUCCUUUUCAGCCCACAAUGCUCAAAUGGGAGGCCGGUCCAAAAGCAAUAGAUGGUGUUUGGGCUCCAUGGUGGUACGCAACUGUGCAUAAAUCGACAGGCUUUCAACCACCAAGAAAAUAUCCUGCGCCAUUCCCUAUGUCUCUGUAUGACGUGCUUGAGCAAAGCCUACCAUUCUACAACCUUCUUAGGCGCCAUAUGAGGCAGACAUCGAGCCUUCUGAAGUCUCCUUUGCCUGAUCCCGAUCUUCCAGUUCCAGAAAAUAAGAAGCUACUUGCAUGGGUUGGUGAUGAGAUUGUACCGCGUGAUAGUGCAAAGGUUUCUGUGUUUGACUCGGUUGUCCAAGGCGGUGAUUCAGUUUGGGAAGGUCUUCGAGUUUAUGAUGGGAAGAUAUUCAAGCUUGAAGAGCAUUUAGAUAGGUUAUUUGACUCUGCAAAGGCUUUGGCAUUCAACAAUGUUCCUACUCGCGAAGAGGUUAAGGAAGCCAUCUUUAGAACUCUUAUUCGAAAUGGAAUGUUCGACAAGUCACACAUCCGAUUAAGUCUGACACGUGGCAAAAAGGUUACUUCUGGCAUGAGCCCAGCAUUCAAUCUCUAUGGAUGCACCUUGAUUGUGCUUCCUGAAUGGAAGCCCCCGGUCUAUGACAAUACAAAGGGAAUAACUCUUGUUACAGCUACCACCCGUCGUAAUUCACCAAAUAAUUUGGAUUCAAAGAUUCACCACAAUAACCUACUCAAUAAUAUACUUGCAAAGAUAGAAGGAAACAAUGUAAACGUUGAUGAUGCAAUCAUGCUUGACAAGGAUGGUUAUGUGUCUGAAACAAAUGCUACGAACAUUUUUUUGGUGAAGAAAGGCCGUGUUUUGACUCCUCAUGCUGAUUACUGCCUUCCUGGCAUUACUCGAGCAACUGUGAUAGAUCUUGUAGUGAAGGAGAAGUUGGUCUUAGAGGAGAGAAGGAUCAGCCUAUCAGAGUUCCAUACUGCUGAUGAGGUAUGGACUACAGGAACAAUGGGAGAACUCACUCCGGUCAUAAAGAUUGAUGGUCGCCAAGUUGGUGAAGGAAAAGUGGGGCCUGUGACUCGAAGAUUGCAGAAUGCUUUCAAGGAGCUGACAGAAGCAUCGGGAGUGCCCAUACCAAACUAUCGUGAAACUUGAAGAUAAUUUCUUCAAAAGGUUGUAUUAACGGACUAGUGAAUUUGUUGGAUCCAUGGUUUGCAGUUGGAAUUGAUGAGAGCUUCUCUCACAGAUGAAUAAAAGUACCAAUUCUUUGAACACCACAAAUGUUGCUGGUACAGAUGUGCAAAUCGCCAUUGCUUUUUCAUUUGUCCUUUAUUUCACUUUUAACGGAUCAGUGGGAACAUGUCUAAAUUUAUAGUUCUUAUAACUCAGAAGUUGUACAAGCAUAUUCAACAAUGUCCUUUAUUUCUCUUUUUGCACCUCUCUUUUUCUAGCUGUUUGGGGGAAUAAAUCAAAGAAAAUUAAGGGACAUUAGACAAAGGGAUAAGUGCAGAAUGAGAAAACAAUAAGGCGGAAAUCAUUUCUCUUGACAAUAUGGCUUGUUGCAUGCUGAGAGUAUCAAUCCCCAGUCGGAAAAAGAAAGGAUCUUGUACGUGCUUAUAAGAAAUUGUGCUACUUUUCAUAUUUCCAAUCGGUUUUUUGAUGGAGC